UUCCACUUUCCGCGGAGACGAGACGGAGGAGAGGCCCCCUCGUGCUCCGCGCUUGCGUCCGCGGCUGUCGUCUGCUGCUGUCGUUUUCGCAUCAUGCGCAAAUCGUCGAGGUCGAGGACGAGGACACUCGUAGCGAUCAGCGAUCAUCAGUGCGAAAUACCGUCGUCGAGAUGUCGAGUUAAGACGCGUCACGCCGAGGGGAAGGAUUGAGGAAGACAGAGAAAAGGAGCCGUGGGGGAAACGCCACGGUGGAAAUACUAUAACGUCAGCGAUGCGCAGUGAUGCAGCGACAGCCGAAUAAAUCGCGGUGGUAGACCAACUCUCGGGAAGAGGAUCGCUGUCCAGCGGAUAAUGCGACGCGAUGGAGUCUGUCUGAAUCUGGAGCCUCUCCGUGGAUCCACGGCAAUAUUAGAGUGUGCUCUUACAACGUCGUUCAACGACAGAGCCGGGAUUAUCUGUCUGUCGCCACGGUGAAUAAUUGAUAAGACCGAGGUGACGAUGACGUCGGCGCUCACCUCAUCGACACGUGCGUAAACCGAUAUCCAAGGAUGACAGGGUAUCCAACGACGAGCACAUGAUACCGCCUAUCACGGUUAUCGCGGCGCGGCGAAGAACGCGCAUGUUUGUUGACGGAGCGCGAGGAAAGAGAGAAAAAAUAAACAGACCGGAAAAGUGACUCGACCCGCGACAACCACGUCUCCCACGAGAACCAGAGAUUACCUGGGUCUAUCUGGAUGGUCUGUCUGUGCUUCGAGGAUAUUCAACCCCAAGCCUGAGAAGUAAUAGCGUAAGGAGAGAGAGAGAGAGAAAGAGCGGACACGUCUCGUUUCAUGCAUGCCUAUUUAUUGAGAAGAAACACUUAUUAAUUUUAUUGAAGCUUGUAAGAUAUUAAUUAUGUGCCACACCUGCGAGGAGCUUUCUCGCGCGACUAACUGAUGGCUUAGCAAUAAUUAACCGAGCUUUCUCUAAUAAGAUGCACGAGAAUAAUGAUACGAAUGAUACGAGAGAGUACAACAACGCGACGGACGUCACCGAGUCUAUUUUGUACACUAUACUGGUGAACGAUCUCGCAACGGUCUCCCCAAGCAUGCCGAGUACGGUCUACAAUGACAGCGUGCCCACGACGGCGUACGUAGAGCUGCCACAGGACAGCGAGAACAAUCAACGAUUGUGGAAUUUAUCCAAAACCGCCAUAACUUUGCUGUCCGAACCUACGGCGAUAUCGCAUAACACUUCGAGAAGCACGACGACGUACACGCCGACAACAACAACCGAAUCCUUCGACGAGUUCGGUCCACCCGAAGGAGUGGAAUAUAUUUUUGUGCCACUCGGUGUGGUGGUCUCUGUUAUUAUACUAUCAGCUGUGGUAUGGGUGCUGAUUGUAUCGAGAAAGCGCAAGUUGGAGCGUUUAAGACACAGACUCAUGCCAAUGUACAACUUUGAUCCUGGCGAAGAGGAAGAGGACGACUGGGAGACCGAGCUGUUGGACGAGUGCUAUAAUACACAUCAGAGACGAGUGUGUAAGAUUGUUUUUGCUUGCGAUUCGCGCGAGUAUCUUGAAAAAUAAGAUU